GCAACUUUUUAAACACUUGUAGAAAUCGGACUUUACCCAGUAACACCAUUUAACAUAACUUACCGUAAUUUAUUGCUGUACGUUGUUGUUCCAAUUUCUGUUGUACUUCUUCUUUUAAAAACUCAAGAUGGUAUCGAAUUUAGCGGGUCGUACUAUUUUAAUAACCGGUGCAAGUAGAGGAAUAGGAAAAACAAUUGCUUUAAGAGCAGCUCGGGAUGGAGCUAACAUUGUUGUAGCAGCCAAAACAGCCGAGCCCCAUCCUAAAUUACCAGGAACUAUUUAUACAGCAGCAAAAGAAAUUGAAGCAGCCGGUGGAAAAGCUUUACCAUGCAUUUUGGAUGUAAGAGAUGAAAAGCAAGUACGUUCAGUGGUCCAACAAGCUGUUGAUAAAUUCGGCGGGAUCGAUAUUUUAAUAAACAACGCUUCGGCGAUUUCUUUAACUCCAACCCCUCAAACAGAAAUGAAACGAUAUGAUUUGAUGCAUAAUAUUAAUACAAGAGGAACUUUUCUAAUGUCUAAAGAAUGUCUUCCAUAUUUACAAAAAAGCUCCCACGCCCACAUUUUAAACAUUUCACCACCUCUAAAUAUGUCUCCGGGAUGGUUUUCAAAUCAUGUAGCUUAUACAAUGGCUAAAUAUGGAAUGUCAAUGUGCGUUUUGGGGAUGCAUGAAGAAUUUAGACAAUAUGGAAUUGGUGUUAAUGCUCUUUGGCCUUUAACUGCAAUUCAUACGGCAGCAAUUGAAAUGCUCUCAGGUUCAGAAUCGGCUAAUUAUUCAAGAAAACCCGAAAUAAUGGCGGAUGCUGCUUAUUUAGUGUUAACGAAAGACCCAAAAAAGACAACGGGUAAUUUCUUUAUCGAUGAAGAUGUUUUAAAAGAAGCCGGAAUCACCGAUUUAACCCCAUACGCCGUUAACCCAGCGUUUAAAGAUCAAUUAAUGCGCGAUUUCUUUGUUGAUGAGAACCCAGGUGGUUUAUAUGAACAAGCCGAUAGCAUAACAAACCGAAAACAAUCACAAAGUGAAGCUGGUAAAGUCCCGUUUUUGUUUAAAAAAAUUGGGGAGUCUUUGAAUGCGGAUUUAGUAGCCAGCGUAGGGUCGAUUUAUCAGUUUGUUUUAACCGGGGAUGAAGCGGGAAAAUGGUUUUUGGAUUUGAAGAAUGGGACUGGGAAAUACGGACAAGGUGAACCAUCGCAUCCUGCUGAUUGCACCUUAACUAUGGAUAGUAAGAAUUUCUUUAGCAUGUUCGAUGGGAAAUUAAAACCUAGUGCUGCUUAUAUGACCGGAAAAUUAAAGAUAGCGGGGAAUUUGCAGAAAGCUUUAAAGUUGGAGAAAUUAAUGGGAAAAUUAAAGGCUAAGUUGUAAGUUUUUAAGGAAGACUGAUUUUAUAACCAAUAUAUUUUUUUAUAUUAAAAGCAUUUCUUAAAUAAAACGGGAUUAAAUUUA